CUGUAUAUUAUGGAGAGAAGAAAAAGAAAAGAAACGAUUUUCUUGAGCGAAGCAAAGAUUGAACUGAAUAGGAUAAACCAAAUUGAGCGAUUGAAUGCGAAAAAGAAUAGCGACGAACCCUUCCUAUUGUUAUCUCUCUUUCGAUUUCUGUAAUUUCCUUAGUUGAAAAAAGACGCCUUUCACAAUAAUAUGAGUUCCGUAAACAGACAAGCGACGAGAACAAGAAAGAACUGAUCACAAACGUGAAAGAAUGCAACGGAUCGAAAAUGAGAGAAAACACAUUUAAAUUAAAAAGCUUUUCUUGUGACAGAACACCUGCCUCGCUUGACAGACAAGAACGUGAAAAAAUGACAAAAGAAAUGUAAAAAACGACAAAGAAGAUCAGUACAAAUGGUGCCACAUCAAAUCAUGAAUAAAACAACGAAAUAACAAAACAAAUAAUUAAAAUGGAUCAAUAGUGAUAAACAAGAAGAAGAGAAUAAAACUAAAUCAGAGUAGAGUGGUAUUGACUAAAAAAAAUGCUGCUUAGUCGAAGGAAGGUAUAUGGAGAGAUAGAAUGUAGUAAAAUAGUUUUGAAAAUGAGCAAUGACAAAAUCGACAGAUAUAUAAAAAGGUUUAGUAAAGGAGUAAUGGAUUCUAUGACGUGAGUAAUCUAUAUGAAUGUAUUGUUAUCGAGUUUUUGUAAUGCAACAAGAAAUAAUUUAAUGAUAAACAUAUAUGUGCCUAUAUAUAUAUAUAUAUUCCUGGAAUGUUGGUUUUUGUUUUUAUUUUAUAAUCUUGAUUUAUUUCGUAGAUAGACAGAUUUAAUUGUAUUUGAAUUUACAUGAAGAUGAUGAGCAGUGUACUCUCUAAUCAUAAACAAAAUGGGAUUAAACAUCUGAAUGAUGCGAUCUGGACAAUAGUAUCGAGCUGUCGACUCACAUCUUCUAUUCAUUACUUUGAGCCACAUACGUGCACCGACUUUAUAUUAACUAUGUGUUCAAUGAACUAUUAUAGCGAGUAUUAGACAAUUAUUACUGCUUAACUGUACUGUCUUUUGCUUGUUUCAAUACAAUCUUCUUUUUUGUUAUUGGUUACUUACAUCCAAUAUUCAUAAGUUUUCUUAAAAGUGAAUGUAUAUCGUGUAGGUAACAAAUGAUUUUGGAGUUGUCUACUGAUUGUGAGUUAAUUGGGAGUGAAACUAAAUGGUGUUUCAUAAGUUAUUCAUCCUAAAGAAAUUGAACUCAAUUUACAUCAACUCCAAGAAAAGACUAGAUUAGUAAAAAUAUGGAAAAAAAUUUUUGUCAAAAUUAUUUGUUCGACGUAAUUGAAUGUUAUAGAAUUUCACUUUUUUAUCUUUGAUGAGCCGUUUCUUCAUAAAGAAAAAAGCAAAAGUUUUGAAGUUUCCAGUGCAAAUGUAAUCCAGUUAGAUCUAAUAUUCAUAAAAAUUCCAGGCUCUUUGCUUUUUUCUUGUAGAAGAUACAGCUUACCAAAGAUGGAAAAAUGAAAUUCUGUAACAUCCGAUCACGUGAAAAAAAAAUAACUUUGAUAAAACUUUUUUGAUAUUUUUACCAAUCGAUUAUUGUUUUUUUGAGUUGAUUGGAAUUGAGCACAAUUUCUCUUGAAUGAUAACUUAUGUGGUACUCUUCAAAUACGGUCGCGAUAUAAAACUAAAAACUAAAAAUGAGAUUGAAACUUACGAAACACACUUUAUGCGACAUAGUUAUUAUGAUCAUCAUUACAAUAUUUGGUUAACAGCCAGGUAAAGGUUGAGUUUCAGUAUUUGGUCGACUCGUUCGUUUCCGGAUGACAUAAAGUAGAGAGAACGUGUUGUUUGCAUCAUGAACAAGAAUACCUUCCUCUAGUAAAAUACAUACUGUAUCCUGUGUAAUAUAAGCAGCUAAUGCUUUAGAAAUAAUAUAACUCUAUAUUCGAUCACUAGUGAUUAGAACAAAUCUAUUAUCAUUGGAAGCAAAUACUCAUGGUCUCCAUCCAUCCAUACUUGAAACUUCACAAACAUCAUCGGGUGACUCGUACAAGGAAUGGAUAUUUAUCGAUAACUCUAUUUUUCGUCUUUUUCUUCAUUGGCAAAUUUAUUCAUGUAAUAUUAAUUUAUCUACACCUUGCUUAUCUUCAUCAUGUUUAUAAUAUUGAAUUCCAUCGUGGAAAUCUAUUCAACUCAGAAUUUCUUUAAAAUAUUUCAUAUAAUAUGAUUAUUUCUAAUCCUCUCUAUAUUUAUAAACAACAAAUAUCUUAGUGUGAUAGAGAAAUCUUUUAUGAAUCAUCUAAUGCUUUAUUUGUUGAUUCACCAUUAAAAUUCUAUUCUCAAAUAAUUUAUCGUGCAAUUACAGGAUGGCUUAAAAAUAAAGGUUAUGAUGUUUUUUGA